AUGUCGCGGGGGCGCGGAUACUCUACCCGUGCCUGGUGGCCGCGGCAGCAGCAGCGACACGAAUUCCAGCGGCGAAUUUCGAGAAGGUGGCAGCGAAGAAGAUGCUCCCGUCGCCGGGAGUUGAGUGCGGUCUACGCCACGGUGGUGGUCACCGCGCUCGCGUUCCCGAAUAACAGCGUAUCACUGAUUUUUCUCCCCGGCUUGUAUUUCUCCAUCCUGUGGGGCGUGGGCGAGAUGGUCGUUAUAGACGUGAUGGGCGGGCUGCGGGGUUGGGCGUUGUUCGAACGAUAUGCGCACCUCGGAGAGGCGGCGUUUGGUACGUACUAUGUAUGUAUGGCUAGUCGGUAG